AUGGAAAUUGAUUCCCCUGUGAGGGGUGGAAAUGCCAGGAAAAGGCAACAGAACUGGGAGAGAGGAAGACAACAGCAAAACGCGGGAAGGCAAACAAGAACAAUGACACCGGCGUUUGAACCCAAAAAUCAGUAUCAAAUUGCACCAUUAAUACUUACUGCUGAUGAGUUCCUAAAUAGGACACAACUGAACAAGUUACUGGUAGCACAUUUGCCGCAAGUGAAACUCAGCAAUAUCCAACAAAAUAAAAAUAAAACUUUCACGUUAUUCCCACUUGGUGCUGCCGGGUUUAAUAAAAUCUUAAACGAAUUUCCGGUAAAUCAAUGUGCAAAUCCACAAAACGUUAAAGUAUUUCUGCCAAAAUCGACAGAAAAAAUCCAGCAAAUUGAUAAAGAAGCAAUAAUAAAACACGUAGAUAUUGAAAUUCCGGAGAACGAAAUUGCCGCUGAACUAAAACAUGCCGGUCUCUCGGUCAUCAGCGUAUAUCGUUUUCAGAAUUUCACGAAAUCCGGACCCGAAACAACAAUCAAAGUAACCUUUUCUGAUAUCAAAGAUAAAGAAACAUUCAUCAAGGUCGAAUUAUCACCUCCCAAACUAAGUGUUCAGUUAAUCAGAAGUGAUCAAGUAACAGCAUCAUCUAUGAUCAUGAGAGAGUCGAAUACAGUACAUGAAGAAAUAACUCAACUUGAUACUUCUCCGUGA